CACAGCGCAGGGGCCUCCGAGCCCAGCCAGCCUCGCUUCAAUGCUGGGAGACUAACGUCUUCCAUUUUGUCUUCUGCCCAGGCCAGCUGCGGACUGUCCAGUGGCUGUGCUACUUCUACAGCACCGUCAUGCCCAGCGAGGCCCAGUGUGUCAUCUACCAUGAGCUCCAGCUCUCCCUGGCCCGCAAGGUGGCCGACAAGGUGCUGGAGGGGCAGCUCCUGGAGACCAUCAGUCAACUCUACCUGUCCUGGGCAACAAGCGGGCCUGCAGAUCUGCUCUGGACUACACCAACGAAGUCUGGGGAUUUUCAUUGACCUCCAGAAGAAAGAGAAGGAGGCGCAUGCCUGGCUGCAAGCAGGGAAGAUCUAUUACAUCCUGCGGCAGAGCGAGCUGGUGGACCUGUACAUCCAGGUGGCACAGAAUGUGGUCCUGUACACAGGCGACCCCAGCCUGGGGCUGCAGCUGUUUGAGGCAGCUGGAGACAUCUUCUUCAAUGGGGCCUGGGAGCGGGAGAAAGCCGUGUCCUUCUACCGGGUGAGCUGGCCUGUGGGCUGAUGCGGGUGGGCCUCAGGGGGGCACCUGGAGGGCUGAGGCACAGCUGUGGCAGGGCAGAGGCCUCCCACCUGGAGGCAGGGCCACCCAUGCACAUGCUUAGUUUCCCAGUGUUCUCACCGGGAAUGAUACUGACCGUGCCCCUGCCCGGGACAAACGUUUGGGGCCUGGAUGUGACAAUGGCUCUACCCUUGUACCUGAUGAUCUCAAGCAACCAUGAGCGAGAAGUCCUGUCCCCAUCUUCCAGAUGAGGAAACAGGCUCAGAGAGGCACAGGGACAUGUCAAAGGACACACAGCAUGUCAGUGGGAGGCCCAGGUCUGCUUGCACCCCGAAGUGGGACGGCUUCUCCCUUCCUCUGAGCUCACGGUGUGGCUCAGCCCUGGGCACAGAUAAAUGUGUUUUUAGAGCAGAGAGGAGUGCUGGCUCCCCCCAGUCAGACCCCUGGUGCCCAGGUGGGAGAGGCUGGUCUGAGGCUGCUGGGUGUAGCUGGAUGGGCCUCAGGUGACUCUUCAGCCCCAACUUGGGUGUCUGAACUGUGUGUUAUCCCAGAGCACAGAGCUGUGUGGAGGUGCAGGGGUAGCUGGGGCGUGGGAAGCUCCAAGCACAUGUUUGAGCUCUGGGAGGGCGCUGGGCAAGGUGGGUGCUGCGGGAAACCUG